AUGGGAUCAACCGUGGCGACCACUCUCCUCCUCCUCCUAACGGCAGUCCCUGCCAUCUUCGCCGUGACUUUCCAGGUCGGCGAUACUGCUGGUUGGACCACUGGGGUCGAUUACACAACUUGGGUCACUGGAAAGACUUUCAGAGUCGGUGACACUUUAGAGUUCCAGUAUGGUCCUUCGCAUUCAGUCUCUGUGGUGGGUAAAGCCGGGUUUGAUAGCUGCGAUGGAAGCGGAGCCACGCAGAGCUUUUCCGAUGGAGACACUAAGUUCGAUCUUACAACAGUUGGAACAAUACAUUUCCUUUGCCCUACUCCUGGUCAUUGCCUCAGUGGCAUGAAAAUCGCCGUUUCCGUCCUCGCCGCAGCUCCAACUCCGAGCACUCCUUCUCCACCGUCUUCCCCAAGAUCGCCACCGCCUUCUCCACCGUCUUCCACUCCUUCUCCGCCGUCUUCCCCCAAAUCGCCACCAUCUCCACCGUCUUCCAUUCCUUCUCCAAGUAAACCACCGACUCCAUAUGCUUCUCCGCCGACGGAGUCAGAUUCUCCAUUGACACCUCCACCACCACCAAACGCGGCGUUUAAGGGAGUCAUGAGCUAUGGAGUGAUCGGAGUCACGAUGGUAUUGAUGUAUGGUGCUAUAUGA